UGCAGAGCCUCUCACCUCGAUCAAGCCAGCGCACAGUGGCUCGGCCUGUGAUCUUUGCGCCCGCCCAUCAGCUUCAGUCAGGCUCUCAUGUGAGCUGCGGACGCACCGACCGGGCCAGCCAUCUCCACGCGGCCCAGUCGGCGCCGUGAUGGGGUCCAUCGGCACGGCCCCCGACGUCGCCUGCCUGCUCAUGAUUCUGUCAAGCUUUGCAAGGUUGCAUGCGCAUAAGCGCUUGCAGUUCCGAAUACAGGCGCUCACGCCUCGAUAGAGGACAGGCGUGUCGGCUGUCGGCUCGGCCUCAGCCAUGCGUCAGCCUCGUCUCGCUGUAGGCAGCACCACCUCCCGUCAACGACGGCGUCCACGCCGACGCUGACGCUGACGACAGCGUCCAGCGUCUUGCGCCUUCUCCCUCCUUUGACCAGCCCACACAUGCGGCAUCCACCACCGCAUCAACGAUCCUGUGCAUGGGCCGGCAAGAUUUCAAGUCUCCAACGACGCCACUCAACCUCGGAAUUGGGCAUGUAUGCGCCUCCAAAGGCAACAAGGCGAUACCAAGGACCUUACUGCCUGGCGAGAUGAAACCUGUGCGGCAGGCUUCACGUCACACAAGGAACGCAGAGGACUUGAAGGAUCGCGGUGUGGCUUCUCGUCUACUGAGGGUACCGGCAUUGCGGAGCGGUGCGAAUGGCCGGCCUGCAUGCCAAGAUUUGCGCCACGGGACAUACUGGCGACCGGCAUUUCGAGCGACGCCGAUCAAGUGAAUACUACAGCAGGGAAGCAGCGGAUGAAUCAGCUUUGAAUGCGCUACCAAGCCCCCCCCUUCUGGGCGCGGGACAUUGGCGACCGUGUAUGCGUGGACUCAGGCAGGCGCAGGACCACGUUUCAUACACGCUCGGCUCAAGCGGCGCGUACGACGGCAGACGAGUUGGAUGUACCAUUUCGUAUUGCGGGUUGCGAGCAGCCGUCUACGGCGUACAAGGUGAGACAUGCGAGUGGGGAGAAUGGAUCGUCGGCGAGAAUGCGGGCCAGGAAGGGCUGUGUUCCUGGAGCGGACGGAUGACGUUGGAGCUGUGGAAAGGUGGAGGGACGAUAAUACAAGGCGCAAGGGCGAAGACGAAGGAUGGUUGGCGUGGCAGAAGGGGGGAUGAGACGAUUGUCAAGGUGAGUAGGGUAGAGUCGUGUGGGGCUGUGAUGCGAGACCGUCCAAUGGCCGGACUUGUUAGCCGGAUGCGCGCAAAGGGGACGCGCUGGCUGGC